AUGGACGUGUCGCAAUCUAUGGAACCUCCAAAUAGAGAAGUAGGAGGACGUCUUCGGGAAAACAUGAAACUUUACGAUAUGGUUGACUUGCAUGGCGGCGGUGAGAUGAUGACCAUGAUGAGAUACGCCAAAGCUACAAAUGACUACUCCUUCGUCGAUCACCACAUUAAAACACGAAUUUCUGAGUUUUUACUGAAUAACGAAAAAGGAAAACUCUUUCCGAUUACAGAACUCGUGACCUUACGGAACAAGGAACGUAAUGCAAAGCUGACAGCCUUUUUACGAAAGAAAGGAAAAGGGAAAGCAGCUGUGAAUGUGCUUGAGGGAUUCGAUCAGAAUGAUGCUAAAACUGGUGACCUCAGGAAAGCGCUAAAACUACUUGACGGUGGAGGAAAAGGAGGAAAAUCAGAGUCGAAAUAUCGUGAACUCAAUUGGAAGUUAGAAGAACGAGGUACCAUGGGAGAGACAAUAAUUGGUGUGUGCCUUCUGCAAGGUACGACAAUCCACAACAUGCUUGCCCUUCGAAUACUUGAUUUGUAUCCGAAAUUAGUCAACGACAUCUGUACAUCAGAAGAUUAUUACGGGCUUUCACCUCUUCAUCAAGCGAUAAUCAAUCACGACGUGGAGAUGGUUAGCAAGUUACUGCAAAGAGGGGCUGAUGUCAAUCAAAGGUGUUACGGUGCAUUUUUCUGUGCAGAUGAUCAGAAAAGCAGCCGAACAGACAGUUUGGAGCACGAAUACGUAGAAUUAACUAUGAACACCAACUACACCGGGACAAUGUAUUUCGGUGAAUAUCCUUUAUCAUUCGCCGUUUGCAUGAAUCAUCCGGAUUUGUUUCGUCUUCUAUUGGCGAAAAAAGCUAAUCUACAUGCCCAGGAUACGAAUGGCAAUACCGUACUCCACCUCUGCGUAAUACACGAAAAAAUAAAUCUGACACCAUUGACACUGGCUGCAAAAUUGGCAAAGAAGAAGUAUAGUUCCUAUUUUCAUAUCUUCAACAUAAUCCUCGAACUGGAAGGCCAAAGUGUAUGGGUAUACGGAGAAUCGAACUGCUUCUCGUAUCCAUUAACUAAAAUUGAUACAAUCAAUGAAGUGACUGGCGAGAUGAACGAACAAUCUGCUCUGUCCCUGGUUGUGUACGGUAAAACCUCGGAACAUCUCGAACUUUUGGAAGGAAUUCUGGAGAAAAUUGUUGAGGAAAAAUGGAAAGCAUUUGGGAAACGCUACUGGCUUCGUUCGUUGUUUUUCUUCAUAGUUUAUUACAUCAUCUUUACAGCAGCGUAUAUGCUGCGUCCGAUUACCGCUACCACGGAGAAAGCUUUCCCAGCAAAACUGCUCUACAAGGUCUCGUUUGUGUUGGUGUUGUGCGAAGUGCCGAUUCGUUUCUCAUGUCAUAUCCACGAAGUCUUUCUUAUUGCCGACAAUGUCGUCUCCUCAAUUGCUGUACUCCUCACUACUCUUCACUUCCUCUUCUACUGCAGGGCGAUUCCUUUCAUUGGUCCGUUUGUGUUGAUGGUCUACACGAUUAUCGCAACAGAUCUAACCAGAUUCUUCAUGAUUUAUUCUAUUUUUCUUGUCGGCUUCUCACAGUCGUUUUACAUAAUUUUUACCUCCUGCGAGCGAAAAUCGAAGGAAAUCGAGGAUCAAGGAGGAAAUUUAUUACAGAAUCCUUUCGAGGCUCUAUUGAGGACAUUUAUUAUGACUAUUGGUGAAUUUGCAACUAUUUACAAACAAAUGGCGUCAUGCGAAUCGAUGCUUAUGAAUUUCAUUGGCAAGAUCUUCGUGUCCAUAUUGCAAUUCAAUCUUCUGAUCGCCAUGAUGACACGAACAUAUGAGACCAUUUUCGAGACAAAAAAAGAAUGGAAUCGUCAGUGGGCGCAAGUUAUUUUGAUGUUGGAGUUAUCGCUCUCACCAAAGGAACGACUUAUGCAUCUGCUUAAAUAUUCACGUCCAACUGGAGUAAAUAAACGAAUACGAAGUUAUGUGGUCAACAAAAAAGCUGGCGUUGUGAGAUUAACAAAAGACGAAGAAGUACGAUUACUCGAAGAAAAGGCUGAGCAUAUUCGAGAAGAAAAGCGUCAACUUAUAAAGAAAAGAACCCGGGAACAAGAAAUCAAAGAGAACUCUGUGAGAAUAUUCUCCGACGUACAUCGUCAUGAUUCAUUCAGUAAUGUGGAAUAUCGAACUUCACUUUAUGAUAAAACACAUUGA